CCUAUCCAGAUCACCUGGGUGGCGUCACACAGCACGCAGCAGGCCGUAUAUAAGACAGACAGAGCUCUGCUUAGGCACCAUUCUACAUCGGACCGACCGACCUACCACCGACAUGAAGCUCGUGAUCGUCCUGUGCCUGGCCGCCGUGGCUCUGGCCCGGCCCCAGAGUGAGAGGGACGCCCAGAUCAUCCUGUACGAUCACGAGCUGAGGGAGGACCAGUCCUGGGACACCGCUUAUGAGACGUCGAACGGUAUCGCCGUGGAGGACUCUGGCAUCCAGUACCCUGGAGCCGAGCCGGAGACCGGCAACCAGGUCAAGUCGGGCAGCUUCGAGUUCAAGCACCCUGACGGCACCAUCACCUACCUCUCCUACAUCUCUGACGAGGACGGCUACCGGCCCGAGAGUGACGCCAUCCCCACCUUCAACGGACGCGUCGACAUCCAGGACGCCUACCAGUAAAUACCAGGAACACAGUCGAGAAGAAAAAGACAACUUUUUAGAAGAUCCAUCGCCAGCCUGGAAUUGGCAAUACAAUUGUGAAUAUUUUGGCUUUGAUCAGUCUGAUGACAAAAAUGUGACCAAAAUCAUGUCUGCGUGAAAUUAGCACCAUCCAUCAAUGCCAGUGUUUCUAUUCGUUCAAAAUGAUGUCGGUCAUUCUCAUCAUUUAGUCCCCCAAACCUACCCACAUUCCUACGUCUCGGCCGUUUGUACUUACCAGUAUCAACUGUAUCAGCUGCCUGUGAAAUGGUUUACUCUGUGAAAUGAUUGUGAUUUACCGUUUUGUGCAUAUUUGACCUUGUGUUUAUAAUAUACCGUGUAACUGUA